AUGUCUGAGGAACUGCAACAAGCAAAAUACGGCUCGAAGCUGCUCGAAAAACGCAUCCUAGUCCUGGGCGGGACAUCUGGCAUCGGCUUCUGUGUUGCAGAAGCCGCACGCGAGUUUGGGGCCACAGUCGUCAUCUCCGGGUCCAACCAGUCUAAGCUUGAUAGUGCGAUACAGCGCCUCGAGAAGGGCUGCCAAGGAAGCGUUCGUGGUUAUGCGCAAGACCUCUCCAAUGUCACAAGGCUAGAGGAAAGUCUCGAAAAUGUUUUCAACCUUGCGACCCAAGAUGGCGUGAAGAAGCUCGAUCACAUCGUCUAUACGGCGGGAAAUGUUGUCGGGCUCGUUGAUUUGGCAAACCUGGACACUGAUCUGAUCACUGCCAACGGCAUUAUGCGUUUUCAUGUUCCAAUCAUGAUCGGCAAGAUUGGACCAAGAUACCUAAAUCACAGUCACCAAUCUUCCAUUACGUUUACAAGUGGCUACAGUCAUUUGAGGCCGAGGGCUGGGCGUGUCUUGAUGGGUGGAUGGGCUGCUGGAGUUGAGGGUGUGACACGUGCUCUUGCUGUGGACUUGCGGCCUAUAAGAGUGAAUUGUGUCUGCCCUGGUGCUGUGCAUACGGAGCUGUUUGAUAGACUACCAAAGAACGAUUUGGAUCCUCUCGUGGACGCAUACGUGAGCAAGACUUUGACAGGGACUAUUGGGCGACCUGAACAGGUAGCUGAAGCUUACCUGUUCUGUAUAAAGGAUUCCUUCAUUGAUGGGACGAUUGUUCAUACGAACGGCGGAUAUCUACUAGGAUAG